AGGAAGAAGGAGGGUCACUGACUGUUACUGUCACUUUUUCAGUUGUAAACAAUAUUGUUGUUUGUUUGAUUUAAUAGUUCAUAAUAUAUUAUCAACUUUUACUCUUCUUGGAUACUAAUUUUUGCACUAUGUCGAUGACUGCUAUUCCAAGGGAAAGAGAAGCCGUUCAAAAACAAAUUCAGCAAGAUUGGGCUAAUCGUGAAUACAUUGAGGUUAUAACUGGCAGCAUCAAGAAAAUCACAGAUUUUCUCAAUUCAUUUGAUAUGUCAUGUCGUUCAAGAUUAGCUGUCCUCAAUGAAAAGUUAACUACCUUGGAGAGGAAAAUUGAAUACCUAGAGGCGAGGGUGACCAAAGGUGAGACGUUGACCUGAUCUUCUCUUCCACUCAGUCAAGAUACUGAAAACCAGUGAAAAUAUUGGUUGGAACUUUAUGUAUGAACUGUAGUGUUUAAUAAUUUUAUACCAUCAUCUCAUUGGCAUUAUGUAUGUAAUUGGUCACUCCUAACAAAUAGUAUAAAGCUGGUAUGGAAUAUGAAGAUCUUGAUAAGCAGUUUUAGAGAACUCACAUUUUUACAAGUGUAAACGAUAAGAAUUGCCAAUUAUUAACUUCAGUGAGAAAUCCCAGAUUCUAUGAUGCAAUAACAGAUUUCCUGUAAAAAUGUUAAUGCUCAAUUGUGAAAAUUUAAGUUUUAAAGUCACACAAAUGACUAUUGUAAUAAUUUAUGGUUUGUCAAUAACAAAAUUCAAACACAGUAGGCCUACAAGUGUAGAGUCAAAUCUCAGUGGAUGAAUUUAGGGCUCCAAUAGAAAGAUACUAUCUAUACAUAAGUUUCAUAUUUGUGUGUAUAAUUGCCUUUGGUAUUUAUUUGGGUAAAAAAUAGAAAACAUUUCAAAUAAUAUGCUGUACUGUAAGAAUGAUUGUUGAAUCUGUUCUCUUAAUUUGAAUGUUUCUUACAUGUGAUUGCAAAUAUUUGAAAACUUGGUGAUCAUUGAUCACUGAGCACUAUGAAUUGCUACUGUUGAUAUAAAUAGCUGACAAUGAAUGCAUUGUGAUCUACUACUCUCACACAUUUAAAAAAUAUUGUAAUUGAUGGCUGGCACCAAAUCUAUAAAUGUUUUAAAAUAUACAAAAUAAAUACAAUCUUAUACUGAAAAAU